UGUGAAUUACGUCCUUUGCUUUUGUGUUGGAUACAGUGUUUUGGAGUUUGUCGAUUUCAUUGUGAAUUACUAUUGCUGGUGAUAUUAAUAUAAAGUAUAUAAUGCAAAAUGAAGAUUCUCAUAUUACUACUAAUCGUCAUCGUACGAUACGGUAAUCUCGUCAAUGGCCAAGAUGCCAUCCGGUGUGCCUACAUGACAAACAUUCCUCGGUUGCCUAGACCAGACUUGCCCCCGAUUGACUAUGAAGGAACAAACUGGAGUAGUAGACCGCUCAUUCCCGUGUUGGUGCCGGACAGAGAUGAUGUCUGCAUGGAUCAGUACAUUCCAGGAUCGGCCACAACGGCUACUCAGAUUAUAUUCAUGGACGAAGAAAUCCCUGAAGAGAUCGCCAUAGCAAGGUUGAAUUAUUAUGGAACUGGAGUACCGGUGAUAGUCCGACCACUUCUCUCAGGGUCUUUUGCAGCACUGGGACCGGAGCUACGAAAGGUGAAUGAUGAAUGGUAUCUCUUCAUAACAGAAAGGCAAGACUACGAAACAGAAACAAUGAGAUCGUACAUGUUGGUGAUCGAGAUUCCCGGGGAGAGCUUACGACCUGUCGUAAGUCUACGCAUCGUGAAUAUAGACGAUAACCCACCCAUUAUUCACGUACUUGAUACGUGUCAAGUACCCGAAUUUAGUGACACUGGUCACACCACGUGCGUCUAUGAAGUCUCUGAUGAAGAUGGUCAGAUCAGUACUUCAGCGAUGACCUUCGAGAUCGACAGCGACCGCAACGAUGACCAGGUGUUCUACAUGGAAGGUGGCAACAUAUCACCCGAUUGGAAGAGGAUGACCAUGACUAUUGGUCUGAACACACAUUUAGACUACGAGCUGAACGCGUUGCAUAUCUUCAGGGUUACAGCUCUUGACUCUCUUCCGAACACUCACACUGUGACAAUAAUGGUGCAAGUCGAAAACGUGGAGCGAAGAGUUCCACGCUGGGUGGAGAUAUUUGCAGUUCAACAACAGGAUGAGAAGACUCCCAGGAACUACACCGUGCGAGCCAUUGACGGAGACACCGGGAUCAACAGACCUAUUUAUUAUAAAAUAGAGACAGCAGAAGAAGACAAAGAAUAUUUCGACAUUGUGACAGUAGAUGGAGGUCAUCACGGCGCUAUAUUAGUAGUUAAAUAUAUAAACAGAGAUGAACUACAAAGAGAACUAUUUCCACUAACGAUAACAGCAUACAAAAGCAACAACGAAUCCCUAGCUACCCCAACGAAUGUAGUUAUCAUUAUAAAUGACAUAAACGAUAAUGCUCCGGAACCAUUCAAGGAGGAAUACACAGUUGAAAUCAUGGAAGAAACAGCACAGACUUUGAAUUUCGAUGAAGAAUUUGGUUUUCAUGAUAUAGAUUUGGGCCAAAAUGCACAGUAUACAGUUAGGCUGGAAAGUGACUAUCCACCUGGGGCUGCCGAUGCUUUCUUCAUAGCACCUGAAGUCGGAUACCAGCGACAAACGUUUAUAAUGGCGACUAAAAAUCAUAGCAUGCUCGACUUCGAGGUGCCGGAGUUCCAAAAGAUUAGAAUAAAGGUCAUAGCCACAGACAAUAAUAACACCGACUUUGUGGGCGUGGCGUACGUAUAUGUGAACCUGAUCAACUGGAAUGAUGAAAAGCCCAUCUUCGAGCAGUCCUCCAAGGAGGUGUCGUUCAACGAGACGGAAGGUGAGGGGUUCUUCGUGGGAACUGUCCGAGCUGAUGACAGGGAUAUCGAUGAUAGAGUUGUGCACUCCUUAUUAGGCAAUGCGAGAAAUUAUCUUUGGAUUAAUGAAUCAUCUGGUGAUAUCUAUGUAUCUAUGGAUAACGCUUUCGAUUAUCACAGGCAAAAUGAACUAUUCGUUCAGGUGCGGGCCGAUGAUACACUUGGCGAGCCCUACAACACGGACACUUCGCAACUCGUCAUCAGACUGAAUGAUAUCAACAACACGCCACCAAGUUUACGAUUGCCUCGGCGUAGUCCACAAGUUGAGGAGAAUGUACCAGAAGGCUACGUGAUAACUGAAGAGAUACAAGCAACAGAUCCUGACACUACUGCGGAGUUGCAUUUCGAAAUAAUAUGGGAGACAUCGUACGCCACAAAACAGGGGAGAGAAACUAAUGCAGAAGAAUACCACGACUGCGUGAAAAUAGAGACGCUUUACACCCUCAACCAUACACGCUCUGCGACGGGGAGAGUAGUGGUGAAGGAGAUCAGACCCAACGUAACCAUAGACUACGAGGAGUUCGAGAUGCUGUACCUCACCGUCCGGGUCGUUGAUCAGCGGACUGAGAUUGGAGACGCCUACGAUGAAUUAACAUUUGCAAUAAUAAUAGUGGAUUUGAACGACAACCCGCCUGUUUGGGCUGAAGGUACUUUAGAUCAGCCCUUCACUGUCAGAGAGAAUUCUCCCUCCGGCCUGGUGAUUGGAUCAGUGCUUGCUACAGACAUCGACGGUCCACUUUACAAUCAAGUCAGAUAUACCAUACGCGUCCAUGAAGGUAUUCUAGAAGAUCUUGUCAAAAUAGACCUGUACACGGGUCAGCUAUCCGUAGACUUGGAUGGUGCAAUUGAUGCUGAUAUACCACCGCAGUAUUACCUGAACUACACCGUUAUAGCGAGUGAUAGAUGCCUCACUGACGCAUGUCCACCAGAUCCUAAUUACCAUGAAACAGAAGGAGAUAUAAGCAUAUUUAUUAUUGACAUAAACAAUAAGAUGCCUUUCCCCGAAACAGAUAAAUUCAAUGAGACAGUGUAUAUUUACGAGAACGCUACGAGCGGCGAUGAAGUCGUUAGUCUAGUUUCUCUUGAUCAAGACCGAGAUGAAAUCUAUAACACGGUGAGCUACAUUAUAAACUACGCGGUGAACCCUCGCUUGCGUAACUUUUUCUCCGUGGACCGUUUAUCAGGUCUGGUAUAUGUCAACUAUACCACUCAUGAGGUUCUUGACAGAGAUGGGGAUGAGCCCGUUCACCAGAUAUUCUUCACCUUGGCAGAUAACUUCUUUUUAGAAGGAGAUGGCAACAGCAACCAGGCUGCUACCCAAGUGACAGUAGUGUUGUUGGAUGUAAAUGACAACGCGCCAGAACUACCAGAUCCUAGUGAUUUGUCCUGGUCUGUUUCUGAGGCAUUAUUAAAAGGAGAGAUACUAUCACCCGAUAUUUACGCACCAGACCGCGAUGAGCCCGACACGGAUAACUCCAGGGUCGGCUACGAGAUCCUCAGUCUCUCCUGUAUUAACAGGGACCUGGACCAUCCUAUGUUGUUCGACAUGAUUCAAGUUGCUAAUGUCACUGGAGAGCUCAUUACUGCUGUGGAUCUAAAAGGCUUUUGGGGAACAUACGAUAUUGCGAUUCGGGCGUACGACCACGGUAUUCCACAAAUGGAAUCUAACAACACCUACUCCCUGGUCAUCAACCCUUUCAACUUCCACGACCCCGCGUUCGUAUUCCCAGAAAAUGGUGCUGUGCUUUGUUUAGCUACGGUAGGAAAGAGCGGUCGUGAAUGGGUUACUUGCAACAGUGAGAGGAGAUUUUCUCGAGCGCAUCUCUGCUACGGAUCAAGAUGGGUUGGAGGCUGGCAAGGUUUCUUUUGACAUCGUUGGCGAUGACGACGCCUCGCAGUACUUCCAAAUCGUCAAUGAAGGUGACAAUCACGGAAUAUUGAUGCUUAAACAACUAUUUACGGAAUCCAAGCGAGAAUUUCAAGUUACAAUUCGCGCGACAGACGGUGGAAUCGAUCCUGGACCAAGGCAUACC